CUAGCUACAUCCCUCCCCUGAUGUACAGCAGGCUACAUGCGAAGACUUGUAUCAGACGGCAUUUAUACGCAUACCGCAUUCUCCAAAUAUUUGACAUUUCCUUCGAGAAGGAUCAUACUGUACUUGACUGCAGCCUCCAUUGCCGGUGCGAAUGUCUAGGACGGCCGGCCGUCUACGUCAUUUUCUCCCUGUAUGUAACCUGUGAUAGAGAAAACAGUCCAGCUUGUAUUGUUUUUGAGUUUGCUCUGCAGCGCAGUCAGCAUCAACGUACCGAUGGGCAGAUAGGAUUUUUAGCAAGCAGUUUGGUGAGGAAUCGUUAAGUACUCAGAGGUGACUGCUCCAAGAUACACGGUCAUUGUAGGAUUAUAACCAGUGUGAUGGGAAGAUGACUUCUGCAGCAGAUGUAGAAGACGAGGUCUCCUUUUUGAGAACAGGCGAUCAACUGUGCCUUGUGUGUUCCAGUCAGAGUAAGAGCAAAGAUGGCGCCUCGUCCCAUGUCCUGCUGGCCGGGGAGGGCUUCGGCAGUAGGAGAUGUUUCCUUGAGGAUGCUAGCAAUACGAGCGUUCCACCCGAUUUGUCCAUCUGUAUGUUUGUACUGGAGCAGGCAUUCUCCGUCCGAGCCCUUCAAGAGAUGGUCAUGUCCGACACCGUGGAGGCGGGUAUCCAAGCAGGGCAUCGAACCCUUCUCUAUGGCCACGCAAUUCUACUUCGUCAUAGCCUUAGUAAUAUGUACCUUGCAUGUUUAUCGACCGUCUCGUCUUCUGACAAGCUAGCUUUUGAUGUCGGCCUUCAGGAGUCCCUCGAAGGAGAGACUUGUUGGUGGACCAUCUAUCCAGCGUCAAAACAAAGGUCAGAAGGAGAGAAAGUCAGGGUGGGAGACGAUCUCAUACUGGUCAGUGUGUCAUCAGAAAGAUACCUGCAUCUUUCACCAGAGAAGAAGCAACAACCUCCCAGGGUGCAAGCCUCCUUCCAGCAGACGCUAUGGACGGUGGCUCCCAUCAGCUCCGGUGGUGUCAAGACAAAAGCAAUGGGGUUCCUGAACGGCAUGGACGUCCUGAGGUUCGCUCACGGCCACUUGGACGAGUUCCUCACCGUGCCGCAGUCUGGUUGCCAGGAGGAUGACCGCAUCAGUGAGGUAUCCUACGAGACAGGUGCUGUGUCCUCAUUUGCAAGAUCCCUGUGGCGGAUGGAACUGCUCGCCAAAAAAUGGAAUGGCAGCUAUGUAUCCUGGGGCCAGGACUGCCGAAUUAGACAUGUCACAUCAGGGAAAUAUCUAUCAGUGUCGAGCGAAGGAGACAACGAUGUGUGCAUAGUGCCACGGAGAACGGCAGACCUGCCCUCCACCGUGUUCUGUCUUCAACAAUCAAAGGAGGAUACUGGACAUAGCAACAACAAGCACGAACAAGGCAUGGGAACUGCAGAGAUCAAAUAUGGCGACUCUACGGUGAUAAUCCAGCACAGAGAUACAGGACUGUGGUUAUCCUAUCUGGUGGAGGACAAAUCUGUCGGAGGGGGUCGACCGGUGGAUAGAAAGGUUGUCAUGCAUCCCGAUGGUCACAUGGAUGAUGGGUUCUCGGUGGUCCGCGCCCGGGACGAAGAAUCACGCUCUGCUGUCAUCAUACGCAAGAGCACGUCUCUCUUCCACCAGUUUAUCAGUGCCUUGGAGUCAUUACGGACUGAUGAUGAUGAGCGGAGAGAGUGGGAGAAUUUCUCCCUGGAGUCAGUCACCGACACCUUGCGGGACCUGGUGGGAUACUUUGCACUCCCUGCCGAAGAGAGUGAACACGAGGAGAAGCAGAAGAAGUUGAAGGCUCUCAAGAACAGACAAGACUUGUUCCAUGAAGAGGGUAUGGUCAAGUUGGUCUUGGAAACCAUAGACAAGAUCAGUAUCUACAAGAGCGGCCGUGACUUUGCCACCAUCGCUGGGGAGGAAGCUGGUCAAUCCUGGGAGGACAUCCUCACGUAUCUCUACCAACUCUUAGCUGCAAUGAUUCGAGACAAUCACAACAACUGUGCCCUGUUUGCUCAGGCCAUAAGGCUAGACUGGCUGAUACAGAGAUUGGAGAGCCAGCAGGCGUCGAAAGGUGUACUGGAAGUUCUUCACUGUGUCUUAGUGGGAAGUCCAGAAGCUCUGAACAUCGUCAAAGAGCAACACAUCAAGUCGAUGAUCUCACAGCUGGAGAAACACGGCAGGGACCCCAAGGUGCUGGAUGUUCUGUGUUCACUGUGUGUCGGAAGCGGCGUGGCGGUGCGGGCCAAUCAGAACCUCAUCUGUGACAAUCUGCUGCCCUCGCGUGACCUGCUGCUGCAGACGGCAGUCGUGGAUGAAGUCGCAAGUAUGAGACCCAACAUCUUCGUCGGCCUGUCGGACGGUAACGCCGUCUACAAGAAGUGGUACUAUGAGGUCUCCAUCGGCCAGAUUGAGAGCGCCACACCAAGACCCUUCAAGUUCCGUGUAGGCUGGGCUAACACUAAGGGGUUACCCCUCCCCCGGGGCAGUGAGGGAUGGGGGAGUGUCGGUGUCGGGGACGAUCUCAGCUCCUAUGGGUUCGAUGGUUUGAACCUCUGGACAGGUGGUGACAGCAAGCCAGCCUCGUGGAACGGCAGCCGACCCCUCAUUAAGGGCGACAUCAUCGGUGUCUGCUUCGAUCUGAGCUUGCCCACUAUCCUCUUCCAUGUCAACGGCAAUCCGGUCAAGGCCGCCUUUGAGAACUUCAACCUGGAAGGCAUGUUCUUCCCUGUCCUGAGUCUGACGGCAAACAUCACCGCUCAUAUAAUCUUAGGCGGCAAGCAGGGUCGCUUCAAGUACACGCCCCCGAAGGGUUUCGCUCCCGUCUACGAGUCCCUCAUGCCUAAAGAAGAGCUGAAGAUUGAGAGAUGUUUCUCCAUCGGUGAUCUCAAGGAGGGCAUCAUCACUGGACCCCAGCCCUGCAGGGAUCAGGCUAAUUUUGUACCGGCGCCGGUCGACACACAGAGUGUGGUCCUUCCAGGAUACAUAGAAAUGCUGCGAGACAAACUGGCUGAGAAUGUGCAUGAACUGUGGUGCAUGAACAAGAUAGAAGCCGGCUGGAGCUGGGGACCGGUUCGCUCUGACACCAAGAAGACGCAUCCUUGCCUGACUUUCUUCCACAACAUGACCGAGGAAGAGAAGAACUUUGACAGCACCAUGGCCUAUGAGACAUUGAGAACCUUGAUUGCACUGGGGUAUCACAUCAGCAUUGAUGAGGAAUCGUCAAAGGCAACUCUGAAGAGGCUCCGUCUGCCCAUGAACUACGUCAUGUCCAACGGCUACAAACCCUCCCCCUACAAUCUCUCCACAAUCACCCUGAACCCCAAGAUGGAGAAACUGGUGGAGCUGCUUGCAGAGAAUGCUCACAACGUCUGGGCCAGGGACCGCAUUGGGCAAGGCUGGACCUAUGGACUCUCAGAUGACAACACGUUCAAGCGCAAUCCCCAGUUGGUGCCAUACAGCCAGCUAAACGAUUCUUCCAAGAAACUCAACCGUGACACGGCCAGUGAGACGGUACGGACCAUCUUAGGGUUUGGCUACACACUGGAGGCGCCGCCAGACAACCAGGAAUCUAUCUUCAGAGGUCUUGUGAGGGAACUCUCGGAGAGUAAGCAGACUACGAGAACCUUCCGGGCCGAGAAAACCUACGCAGUCUCCUCUGGCAAAUGGUAUUACGAGUUUGAGGUCCUGACCACCGGUCUGAUGCGUGUGGGUUGGGCCCAUCCUUCCAUCAGUGCUGAGGUUGAUCUGGCUACCACCGGCAAGGCGUAUCUCUUUGAUGGAUUCUUGGCUCGCAAGUGGCACAACGGUUCAGAGAAUUUUGGCAAGACUUGGCGACUGAACGACGUGAUUGGAUGCAUGCUCGAUAUCACACACAGGACAGUCAGUUUUACCCUAAAUGGAGAGUUUCUGACUGACUUCUGUGGCAUGGAGUCAGCCUUCCAAGACAUUGAGAUCGAAGAAGGUUUUGUUCCAGCUUUUACCAUAGCUUCUGGUGAGCAGGCAAAACUCUGCUUUGGCCAGGACUUGAAUGCGCUGAAAUAUUUCACCGUGUGUGGCCUGCAGGAGGGAUACGAGCCAUUCUGUGUGAACAUGAAGAAGACCAUGCCGCUGUGGUACACCAGGCAUCAACCGGUCUUCAAGUCCAUCCAUGAGGAGCAUCCUAACUUGGAGGUCACUCGAGUACCUGCUGGCAUUGAGGGACCACCUUGUCUACGAGUUUCCCACAAGAACUUUGCCUCGGUGGAGAACCAGCCCUUUGAGUACUUCCGUUUGAACAUGCCCGUUGAGUGCCGAGACUUUCCCACAGGAGGGGAGAUUGCAGUGUCCAUACCUGUCCCAAUCUUGAAGGACAAACGGGGCUGGUCCAGUCAGCAGAGCGCAAGUCUAGACCUGAGUGAAACGGACUCCAACGAAGGUAGUAGAAAAGUGACUAACGGCUACCCAAGCAGUGCUGUAGAGAGCGACUCAGAUUUUGACAGUGUCUCCACCCCGCAUCACAGUAGACGCGACCGGCGGAAGGGACUCAUGAAAAUGCCAGAGGUUGUAGAGGUUUUAAUGGAAGAACACCGAGCUGUUGACAUGGAGACCAUGGACUCAGACUCCACCCUCCGCACCGCCAACGGCACCAUGAACGGUACCCACAAGGACAAGCGUAAGGGACCCAGCCUACCCCUGGGUCGCAAGAUCCCCAUGGUUCGUUCCCCGUCCACGGACAGCCCCACUGGGCCCCCCUCGGAAGUCAGCACGGACGUCACUCCCUCCCCCUCCAAGUCCAAACGCGGCAAGUUCGUCAAAAGUGCCAGCAUGGAUGCUUCCAGGGCGCUUGAUGGCAGUGGCGGGACUCAAAACCAGACGCGCUACGCAAACGCAGACGUGGACGGGCGGCGCAGUCCUGGCGCCGAGGUCAUGCGCAAGGGGAAGAGGUUGAAAACUCCGGACGCCUCUCCCCCGGGGACACUGACUCACGAGUACUCGGGGCUGAGUCCACACAGCGACAACACCAGCUCCAUCGGCUCCGAGGGCCAUUCCCGACCCAAGCUCUCCAAACUCUCCUCAAUGGGCUCCAGUUUCGAGAUGUUCAAAUCCGUGGACAUCAUGUCCGACAUCAGCGAGGUCGACUCGAUCGAUGUUGCCAUGGCAACCAAGUACUUCUACGCAGUGCGCGUCUUCCCCGGUCAGGACCCGUCUGAAAUCCACGUGGGCUGGGUGACCCCGGAGUAUCACCAUCACAGCCCGACCUUUGACCCCGCCAAGACCAGGAGCGUCAAAGUCAACUUGAUGAACGAAAACGGCGGCGUGCAGGAUAGGAACGUUACACACCGCACGACGCGUGACAGUGAAAGGGGGCAUGGCCCAAAGAGCACCAAGCACAGUGACUGCUUCAUGAUCUGCGUGGGUGACUUCCUGGACAUGUUGACCAGUCCGGAGGGCCGGAGAGUGACCACAGGCCUGGUCAUUGGCUGCUUGGCUGACACGGCAAGCGGCGAACUGACCUUCUCCAUCAAUAACAGGGAAAUACACACUAGAUACCUGGUUCAGCCCUGCACCAAGCUCUUCCCGGCUGUCUUUGCUCGUCCAACCAGCAAGGAGAUGUUGCAGUUUGAGCUUGGGAGGUCAAAGAAUUGCCUUCCUAUCUCGGCUGCCUGGUUCAAGAGCGACUCCCACAAUCCCGUACCCCAGUGCCCCUCCCGGGUCAAAGUUCAGGUCAUGCGGCCGUGCGUCUGGUCCCGGGCCCCUCACAAGGCCCUGGAUGUCUUGACCCGCAAACACUCGGACAAUGCCGGCUGGAUUGUGUCAUGCAGGACACCAGUUUCCUGGUUGGCUGUUCACAUCCCAGAGGCAAACCGAUGUAUAGACAUUUUGGAGUUGAUUGAAAAUCCAGACUUACUCAAGUUUCAUGCCCAUACCCUGAAGUUGUACAGCGCCGUGUGUUCCCAUGGCAACCAUCAUGUGGCUCAUGCUUUGUGCAGUCAUGUGAAUGAAGACCAGCUGACCUACUGUAUACAGUGUGAAUAUCUGUCCGGUCCUCUGCGAAUGGGCUACCAUGAUCUACUCAUCUCCCUUCAUCUAGCUACUCAUGCCAACGCCAGAUUGAUGACCCAGGAUGAGUUUAUCAUUCCCCUGAUGGCCGCUAACCAACGCUACGAGGAUACCGGGGAAGAAGGCUCCAAUAACAGUUCAUCCAUCAAGAGAGCCCUGAGCACCAGCAAAACAGUCUCCAUCCGACCAGAACAACUCUUCUCUGACGAUGGAUCCAACGUGAACCUCCCCCAUCGUUUGAGCGAGACACGCCCACCGCCCUUUCAACUCAACGCCCUCAAGAAACACGUGAUCAACCUUCUGACCCAGGCAGUCGCCCAUGGAGUGUCCAGCUGCCGGGAUCCUAUCGGAGGAAGUUACAACGACCUCUUUGUACCACUUCUGCGACUGUGUGACAAGUUGCUCGUCAUUGGUGAAUUUGACGAUGAGGAUCUCAAGCAGCUUCUAAUUCUUAUCGAUCCAACGACCUUCGAUGAUAAGUACAAAAAAGGAGUGAGCGAGGGAGUGGGCUUGCUACAGAUGCAGCUAGACGAACCAGUCAAGUUGGAGGUGUGCUACCUCCUGCAACAUCUGUGCGACAGCCAGCUCAGACACCGCGUCGAGUCCAUUGUCAACUUCUCGGAAGACUUUGUAGCCGAAUGCCAAGCUGACCAGUUCAGGCGGUUUAUGGAGGUUAGGAACAACGAUAUGCCACCUAUCAUCGCGGCCAAGAAAACCAAAGAAUUCCGCUCAACUCCACAAGAGCAGAUGCGCAUGCUGGUCUCCUUCAAGGGCAAAGACGACAGCACCAGCCCCUGCCGGGAGGAUCUGCGCGAGGUCCUGGACUCCUUCCACAGCAACCUGGUGACCCACUGUGGAGUCCAUGAGGUAGAGGAGGACGAGCAAGGGAAGGGGGAGAGGUCCUGGCUGGGGAGACUGUUCGGCUGGCUGAUGGGCCACGGCGGGAACCAGUCGGAUAGCAAAGACUUCUUGCAGAAGUUCUCUGGAGAUUCCUUGUCCUAUCUGAUCUCGGAGACCAUGAUCCGAUGGGCUGAGGAGAAGCACGUCAAAGAUGCCUGCUUGGUCAGGGAAAUGUUCAAGCUUCUACACAGACAGUAUGACGGUGUUGGGGAGCUUUGCAGAGCAUUGAACAAGACCUACGUGGUCAGUGCCAUCCAGCGAGAGGACAUUGUGCAUCUCUUGACCUCCCUGGGUCAAAUCAGGUCACUCUUGACUGUCCAGAUGGGGUCAGUAGAGGAAGAUGCACUCAUCAAACACCUGUGGGAGUUAACGGACAACAAAGUCUUCUACCAGCACCCUGACCUGAUGCGGGCCCUGUGCGUCCACGAGACGGUCAUGAACGUGAUGGUCAACGUCCUGGAGAAGCACCAGACGGCUGUCCAGCUGACCACGGGCUGCUGUGACCUGGGUGCAAUGAGGGGAAGCCGCACCCUACCACAUCAAGUCAGCUCGACCUCCACCUCGGCUAAAGUUCAGGACUUCAACCACGAGCUGAUCACGGCCUGCUCGCGAUUCCUCAGCUACUUUGUCCGAACCAGUGGUCGGAACCAGAUGGCCAUUUUUGACCAUCUGAAUUAUUUCCUAGAUCAGAGCGACAUUGGCCUCUCAUAUCCUUCCCUGCGAGGUUCCUGCCCCCUGGACGUCGCUGCAGCGUCACUCAUGGAUAACAACGAGCUGGCCUUAGCACUACGGGAGCAGCACUUGGAGCGAGUGGUGGUGUACUUAUCUACCUGUGGCAUACAGGACAACUCUCGUCUGAUCUCUAUUGGCAAGCCGUCGGUAGGCUGGGAUCCGUUGGAUGGAGAGAGAUAUCUGGACUUCAUGCGCCAUGCUGUCUGGGUCAAUGGAGAAACAGUAGAGGAGAAUGCCAACUUGGUGGUGCGUCUCCUGAUCAGGCAUCCCGAGUGCCUGGGCCCGGCCCUGCGCGGUGAAGGCAAGGGCCUGCUGGCUGCCAUGGAGGAAGCCAUCUUGAUGUCAGACUCGUCGGAGGACAUGUUUGUGACGGGAACACCGGCCAUGGUGGUGGUGAUGGAGGAAGGCGGGGAGAGCCAGCCACUGGUUUCCCAAGGGCCAGACAUUGACAUCAAAGAAGACGAGGAUGAAGUGGACACUGGUGGCGCUAUUCUGACCUUCUACGCGACCCUGAUUGACCUCCUGGGUCGCUGUGCCCCGGACCAGCAGCUCCUGAGCCAGGGACGGACUGAGCCCCAGCGGAUCCGUUCCAUUCUCUGUAGUCUGGUGCCGCUGCCUGACCUGGUCGGUGUUCUCAGUCUCAAGUUCGUCCUGCCGUCUCCCAAUAAAGUCUACGAGAAGAAAGAUGACGGUGUCGGUAAGCCCCUGGGUGCAGAUCUGAAGGGUCUUACUCCAAGCCACAAGGAAGCCAUGCUGCUCUUCCUAGAGAGAGUCUAUGGCAUCAAUGAUCAGGAACUGUUCUUCCAGCUCUUGGAAGUUGGCUUCUUGCCAGACCUGAGAGCUGCAACUACUAUGGACACGCCCAACACCCACGACCACGACAUGUCCCUGGCCUUGAACCGAUACCUCUGCAACUCGGUCCUACCCCUGCUGACGCGACACGCAGGCAUGUUCCAGAACGCUGACCAGUACGCCUCGCUGCUGGACUCAACGCUCCACACCGUCUACAGGAUGGCCAGUUGCAGGUCCUUGACCCGAGGUCAGCGGGACACUGUUGCGGACUUCCUCGUGGCCUUAACAAGGUAGGUUUGGAUUAAUUCAGCAAAUAAGAAUUUACAGGUCAUUACUGCAGGGCUGAGAUUUUUCACGGUUUUUCCUGAUUUCAGGAUUUUUAGUCAGGAUUUUUCCUGAUU